GAGCAUUGAAGUUAAAAGUAGUUAGCACAUUCUUUUUCCAUUUGGAGCAAUGAGCGUUGAAGACAGGACAGUCUCUGUGUUAUGCAACAAAAGGCAAAAUCUCUAAAGCAAACCAUAAGAUCGGAGAUCAAUAAACGAGCUCUUGCUCUUUUACUUUUCUAUUUUCAAGAAAUCAUUUUCACCUUCAAAAGUGUUAGGGUUUCAAAGAGGUGAAGAUGAACAGAGGAAAUUCUGGGGGUAAUUGUCUUCCAAAGUUCUUCAAAGUGUACUUACCUGAUGAAUCCGGAGAUGAUCUGGAAUUACCCAUCUCUUUCAACAGCUUUUUACCAAAGUCGUUGCCUAAAAAUGUAAUUGUUAGAAGUAUUUAUGGAAACAUUUGGAAAAUGGCGCUUAAGAAGUGUUGUGGUCAUGUUGAGAGAUUUACUAUGGUUAAUGGGUGGAAGAAGAUUGUAAAGAACGAAGAUUUGAAGGGUGGAGAGUUCUUGGAGUUUGAGUUUGAUGGCUCUUGGUGUUUCAAUUUCUGUAUCUACGGCCGUGCAACGUUUAAAAAGCUUAGAAGUUCAGUGCAAAUCGGAGAUAUCGAAGAUGAAUCUGAUGGUGAAGAUGAUAAACAUAGUGAUGAUGAUCAUGGUAUUGAUGAUCAAGAUUAUGGUGACGAAGAUAAAUCUAGUGAAAGUAUCAUAGUUCUUGAUGAUGAUGAUAUUAGUGAUGUUCAAGAUUAUAAUGAGGAAGAUACAUCUAGUGAAGAUAUUACCGCUCUUGAUGAUGCUGAUAAUGAUGAUAUUAAGGAUGUUCAAGAUUAUGGUGAGGAAGAUAUAUCUAGUGAAGAUAUCAUAGUUAUUGAUGACGAUGAUCAUGCUGAUGAUGAGAAAGAAAGAUGGAGAGGAGUUAAAAAAGAGAGAAAAGAGAAAGGUAUGAUAGAAACUUGUCUUGUGAAGUUAACUGAGCAUCACUGUCUUUUUAUUUUCUUGCGUAUAAAUUUUUUGAUAGGUUCUUCUGGAGAGCAUGACAGACACUAUCUGGAUAAUCACAUGAACCCUUUCUUUACAGUGAACCAGCAUCGGCAAAUAAAAUACAAUCUGCUGCGCAUACCAACUAAGGUCAUAACUAAGUCUGGCUUACACUUCCCUGAGUUCAUCAAUCUGAUUGAUCCACUCGAGAAAAUGUUCGGUAAGUUGAAGAGGAAAGUUGAGGGUCAAACAAUCAAGGGAUUCCGUAGUAUAAUCAGAAGGAAUAAUGUGAAGUUGACUGAUAAAGUGAUUUGUGAGUUAGUAAAGGAGAUGGAUGGUCUGGUUCGCGAAAUCAAGGUCCAUGUUAUAAGAGGAUGAUCUCUUGAUAAAGCUUUAUGCAUUAACAGUAAGACAUUAUCUAUGGUAUAUUGAGUUCUUAUAUGAAUAGAGUACUUGAAUUUAUGAAUCUUA